ACAAGUGAGUUGUAAAAUUAAAAAACUAAAAAUUAUUUCACCUUCUUCAGCUCCUCGCCCAGCUUGCGUCGGAUCUCGCUCUGCGGAGCCAGGUGGACGCUGGCCCGGACGCACGUGUAAGACGGAGGGUGCGACAGGCAGUAGAAGCAGAACGGCGAACGGUGUCGGUUGUACCGCUCGAGAUGCAACCUGGCGCGGCUGUCUUGGCACCGAACAAGCUCCGUCAAACCACUUCCGAGUCUUUCGCCGCUCCCCACCGCAUUUUUACAUGCCUGUGGACCGGGGGUGCCUGGAGCCCGCUUCGGGGGGAAAAGUCGCCGUGAGCUCGUAGCUUAGCUCGGACGCCGUGUGGACUUCCAGCCUGGUACCGACCGACGGAUGUAAGGAACAAAGAACGGACGGACAAACGGACGUUUUUCUUUUUAAACAAUGGGCCUUAUAUUCGCAAAACUGUGGAGCUUCUUCUGUAACCAAGAGCACAAGGUGAUCAUCGUCGGCCUGGACAAUGCCGGCAAGACCACCAUCCUUUACCAGUUUCUGAUGAACGAGGUGGUCCACACGUCGCCCACCAUCGGCAGCAACGUGGAGGAGAUCGUGGUGAAGAACACGCACUUCCUCAUGUGGGACAUCGGCGGGCAGGAGUCGCUCAGGUCCUCCUGGAACACGUACUACUCCAACACUGAGUUUGUCAUCCUGGUGGUUGACAGCACAGAUCGAGAGCGUCUGGUCAUCUCCAAAGAGGAACUCUACAGGAUGUUAGCUCAUGAGGACCUGCGCAAAGCGGCCGUGCUGAUCUUCGCCAACAAGCAGGACAUGAAGGACUGCAUGUCGGCGGCCGAGAUCUCCAAGUACAUGACUCUGAGCUCCAUCAAAGACCACCCGUGGCACAUCCAGUCCUGCUGCGCCCUCACCGGGGAAGGUUUAUGUCAAGGUCUGGAGUGGAUGACGUCACGGGCCGGACUCAGAUAACCCCCCCCACUCCCACAAGACUACUCAUCUCCUUCCACUUUUCCUUUUUUUUUGUUUGGAUUUUUGCGGCGCAUGUGGGCUCACGCUGACUUCACUUUGAGGAGAACAAACACGUGAGCAUUUGCGCCAUGAAUUUUGCACGCGGAUGUCCAUUUAAGGAAACUUUUUUACGUUCAAGGACACAAAAGCGAUGGACUUUUUUUUUGCACACACAUUACACAUAGGCUACUACGCAGUUGGUGGGUUUGGCUCUGCGAGCAAAAAUGUGCUUGAUUUUACUUUUUUGUUUCCUCCUCCUCCUCUUGAGCAAACUAAUGCGGUUUCUUUCUUCUUUAUGUCAGUAUUUUAAAUUCCACUAUUUGUCUUUCUCAGUGUAUGGCCAGAGGCUUUUUUUUUUUUUUUCUGUUUCCAGAUAAACGGUGCUCUUGCAGUGUGUGCAAGUAUGUGCUGCGCACAUUUGUAGAAGAAAUUACGAUGGUGGCAUUUGAGCCACAUCCUCCCUCGUUAGUCAACAAUACUUGAGCCAAAGCCUUAAGCUCAGCCUUGUUGUCUGUCUGGAAGAUUCAAUCAAGAGGUCUUCCCAAAAGAACUCGUUACAUUUGACAAUUAAAUAUUUUUGAGCCAUG